GGGGGCUCCGUGCAUGUUGCAAUAUUCCUCAUUAGACGACUUUUCAACGGCAUCGGGGUGAGAUUUAUGCUGCUGUUUGUGCCACUGUACUAUUGCGAGAUUGUGCCUACUGAGGCGCGUGGGAAGAUGGUUGCAAACCAUGGGUUCUUAAUUGUGUCGGGACAUAUGGAUGGAACUAAGAUCCUGGCUCUUGCAGCCUGGGCAGUUUACGGCUGCUACUUUUCCGCAAAUGAGGCGUUCCAAUGGCGAUUUGAAUUUUCUGCGCAAGCAAUCCCGCCUCUAUUUCCUCUGCUCAGCAUGCCAUGGCUUGCCAAGUCGCCGUGGUGUCUUAUGGAGAGGGGUUAUCACGAAGACGUGCUGGCUGUGUUGGAACAACUCCAUAAUGAACGAGCAGGCUUCACCGCACAUGAGGAAUUCAACCAAAUGGCCCAGCAAAUGGCCGUCUACAAAGAGUUGCAGAGAAAGAUAGAAAGGUUUCUGCUCCUUACCGUCCCAUUAUACCGGAAGCAUCUUCUGUUCGGCUGUCUUACAGAAUUUCUCGGCCAAUCUACGGACGUGCUCAUCGUCAAUAACUACCAAGUCAUGCUGUAUAAUGGCUGGGGCUCGACAACUCCACCCCCCAUCCUCCUAUACGCCUGCUAUCUCGGCUGGACUGUGUUUAUGAACCGCUUCUCCGCGAUAAUGGUCGACCGCAUUGGACGCACAAAAGUCCUAGUUUUGGGCCUCAUCGGUUGCUCCAUGGCCAUGGCCGCCAAAUUCUCCGGAACAUCCAACCAAAUCGGCAACAGCUUCGGCGUCUUCUUUUUUUUUUUUUUUUUCCCCUUUACGUCACCGUAUACGGCUUCUGCCUAG